CGACACCGUUUUAUUUGCAAGACCUCUCUCUAACUCUAAUCGAAGCUGGAAAAGCCAGAGAGGGAGAGAGGGAACACCGACGGAGAUAAUGGUACACAGUGCAUACGAUUCAUUCGUCCUCCUCAGUAAUUGCCCGACGAAGAUUGACGCCGUUGAGUCCUACGGCUCCAAACUACUCCUCGGUUGUUCUGAUGGGUCUCUUCGGAUCUACGCCCCGGAAUCAUCGGGCUCCGACCACUCUCCGACUUCGGAUCGGCGUGCUCAAACCCUAGAGCUGCGAAAGGAGCCCUAUGUCCUCGAACGAACCAUCAAUGGCUUCUCAAAGAGGUCGAUGGUGGCAAUGGAGGUUUUGGCCUCGAGAGAGCUACUCCUUUCGCUGUCUGAAUCGAUCGCGUUUCACCGCCUUCCCGGUUUGGAGACUAUUGCGGUGAUUACCAAAGCCAAAGGCGCGAAUGUGUAUUCCUGGGACGACCGGAGAGGGUUCCUGUGCUUCGCCAGGCAAAAGAGGGUCUGCAUUUUCAGACACGACGGAGGACGGGGAUUUGUGGAGGUGAAGGAAUUUGGGGUACCAGAUACGGUUAAGUCAAUGUCUUGGUGUGGUGAGAAUAUAUGUUUGGGGAUUAGACGGGAAUACACAAUACUGAAUUCCACAAAUGGUGCAUUAUCUGAGGUAUUUCCUUCUGGUAGGAUUGCCCCUCCACUAGUAGUGUCUCUUCCAUCUGGAGAACUUCUUCUGGGGAAGGAUAACAUUGGAGUGUUUGUGGAUCAAAAUGGGAAACUUCUUCAAGAAGGCAGGAUUUGUUGGUCUGAGGCUCCAACAACCGUUGCCAUCCAGAAACCAUAUGCUAUAGGUCUCUUACCAAGACAUGUUGAGAUACGCUCUCUCCGAGUUCCUUAUCCAUUAAUACAGACUGUUGUCCUCCGCAAUGUUCGGCAUCUUUUGGAAAGCUCUUAUGCAAUAAUUGUUGCAUUAGAGAACUCUGUUUAUGGGCUGUUUCCUGUUCCUCUUGGUGCCCAGAUAGUACAGUUAACAGCAUCUGGCAAUUUUGAGGAAGCUCUGGCUUUAUGUAAGCUGCUUCCACCAGAGGACUCAAGCCUACGAGCAGCAAAGGAGCAAUCAAUUCAUAUAAGAUAUGCACACUAUCUGUUUGAGAAUGGAAGCUAUGAGGAAGCCAUGGAACAUUUUGUAGCAUCUCAAGUAGAAAUCACACAUGUGCUUUCUUUAUACCCAUCUAUUGUACUUCCAAAAUCAGCUGUGUUACCUGAACCAGAUAAGUUAAUGGACAUAACUGGAGAUGCUCCACAUCUCUCAAGAGGUUCAUCUGGUUUAUCAGACGAUAUGGAAUCACCAUCCCCUUCGCAGCUAAUCGAAACCAGUGAGAAUGCUGCACUUGAGUCCAAGAAGAUGAGCCACAACACAUUAAUGGCUCUCAUAAAGUAUUUGCAGAAGAAGAGAUAUGGCAUAAUUGAGAAAGCUGCUGCUGAGGGAACUGAGGAGGUUGUUUCAGAUGCUGUUGGAGAUAAUUAUGUGUCUUUUGAUUCCAACUGGUCAAAGAAAUCAACCAAGGGCCGUGUUAACAUUACCAUUAGCUCAGCUGCUAGGGAGAUGGCAGCAAUACUGGAUACAGCACUACUCCAAGCUCUUCUUUUAACUGGACAAUCUUCAGCUGCAGUUGAACUACUGAAAGGUCUCAACUACUGUGAUAUAAAAAUAUGUGAGGAGUUUCUUCAGAAAAGGAAUCAAUACAUCGCUUUGCUUGAACUUUACAAGUGCAAUGCUAUGCACCGUGAAGCCCUCAAUCUUCUGCAUAAAUUAAUUGAGGAGUCAAAGUCAGAACAACCUCAAGUAGAGCUCACACAGAAGUUCAAGCCUGAGAUGAUUAUUGACUAUCUCAAACCUCUCUGCGGGACCGAUCCUAUGCUUGUAUUGGAGUUUUCAAUGCACGUCCUCGAAAGUUGUCCGACACAAACCAUUGAGCUCUUUUUGUCUGGAAAUAUUCCAGCAGAUUUGGUUAACUCUUACUUAAAGCAGCAUGCACCCAAUAUGCAGGCCACAUAUUUAGAACUGAUGCUUGCAAUGAAUGAAAAUGGGAUAUCUGGAAAUCUGCAGAAUGAAAUGGUGCAAAUCUAUCUUUCCGAAGUGCUUGAAUGGCAUGUAGAUCUAAGUGCUCAACAGAAAUGGGACGAAAAAACGUAUUCCCCAACAAGGAAGAAAUUAUUGUCCGCUUUAGAGAGCAUCUCAGGAUAUAAUACAGAGGCUCUAUUAAAGCGACUUCCGGCGGAUGAUUUAUUUGAAGAGCGUGCAAUUUUGUUGGGAAAAAUGAACCAACAUGAGCUUGCAUUAUCAAUAUAUGUUCAUAAGCUUCAUGUUCCUGAUCUAGCAUUGUCCUACUGUGAUCGUGUUUAUGAGUCUGCACUCCAACAUUCUGCAAAAUCAUAUAGCAAUAUCUACCUCACUCUCUUGCAAAUAUAUUUGAAUCCUCAAAAGACGACAAAAAACUUUGAAAAGCGAAUCACCAAUCUGGUAUCAACUCCCACUUCUGGUAUUCCGAGAGUUGCUUCAGGAAGUUCAACUAAAAUGAAAGGAAGUCGCUCAUCCAGGAAAAUUGCGGAGAUAGAAGGUGCAGUAGAAGUCCGAAUCAGUCCCAGCAGUACUGACAGUGGGAGGAGUGAUGGUGAUGCAGAUGAUCCCAACGAGGAAGCAGGUUCCAGUAUUAUGUUGGAUGAGGUCUUUGAUCUGUUGAGCCGAAGGUGGGACAGAAUCAAUGGUGGACAGGCAUUAAAACUAUUACCCAGGGGCACUAAGUUACAGAACUUGCUUCCCUUUCUUGGGCCCCUUAUCAGAAAAUCCAGUGAAGCAUACCGGAACUUUUCUGUUAUCAAGAGUUUGCGUGAGAGUGAGAACCUGCAGGUAAAAGAUGAACUUUAUACCCAAAGGAAAACAGUAGUGAAGAUUACCAGUGAUAGCAUGUGCUCCCUCUGCAACAAGAAGAUAGGGACUAGUGUCUUUGCAGUCUAUCCCAACAGUAAUACUCUUGUACACUUCGUUUGCUUUAAGGACUCGCAGAGCAUGAAGGCUGUUUACAAAGGCGCACUUGGGAGGAAGCGAUGAACGUUAAUGUUCAAAUAUGGUUUAAUCAGGUAGUGACUCGAGAAGAGAAUCAUAGUCAUGCUAUUUCAGGGUGUUUCCCGGAAGGCUGCCAAUGAUUAAGGGACAUCAGAGAAGUGGAUGACUUCCUAUUACGGUAAAGAAGAACUAUAUUCGUAAUUCAUAAAUAGGCUGUUGCAAGUGUGGUUUGUGUUGUGAAGAUUCUGUGUUCUCUUGCGAUGUGAAGAUCUUCUGUUUUGCUGGAAGCUGAUUUUGUUGUAAAGAAUUUAAUUCUGCCUUGUCUGAAAAUAUGAUGUUCAGUUUUUAGCUGUGCAAGAGAUUUUGUUUUUGUAUGGUACAAAUUUGACAAAGUACAUAUAUGACUGUUAUUUGAGUA